UAAAGGUACAGACAGAGGUGGUUUUUCUUCCCCGUCUACAUCUCAAUCAAUCUGACACUGGUUUUGCGCGUUGUCCUCUCUAACACCCUCCUCUGCCUUCUCUUUCUGCUCAUACGAGCCGGUGGAAGCAUCCGGGAUUAAGGUCUCAUCUGCAUUCGUACAUACUCUUCUUCCCCCUCCGGAAGGUCCCUCUCCAGGUUAGUCGAGGACUCGAGGUGCAUGCUUCUAGGGAAUAGCUAGUUAUAAGGAUUUAUCUGUCAUCCCUCUACGGUCGAUUUGUGUUGAAGAAAGCUGCUAGCUUUUUCCCUUUCCUUUUGUUUUCCUUCGAUUUAUUUGUUCUUGCUCUUGUUAGCUAGUUGUUACGGGUUCUAUUUCUUGUUAAUUAGCUUGCUGCUGCUUUAGCCACGAAGAAAUGAAGAAGUUUUCAGUUAGCUAGCUAGGUACGCAGUAUGCUGCGCAUCUCCCCCCAUUGUAUCUUGACAUACGCAUAUAACCAAAAUUUAGCAAUCACGGUUAUGGAUAAAUUUGUCUUGUGAAGUGAAAUGUUUAGUCUGUUCUAAUAGUAUUUACAGUGAUACGGAGAAACGUGCCAAACAGGCUGUCUUUGCAGACCAGUUAGCCUGUUAAAUAUGAUAGAGGCUGCCGUCCGGAACAAUAUUUCAAUAGAAAUGGACUAAGGAGCCUCGUGACUGUGCUGUGCUCUGACCAGAGUUGGUGCAGCUGUCCUUGCAUUAUUACGAUUCCUGUACGUGGUUAGCAGAAGUAUCCUUAAUGAAACUGCCUGGCACACAUCGCCAUGCCAGAUUGGACGGCAAAUAGGGGUGGAGGGUUCCCUCUUCUCUCAAACUUUGAACCUGGAGGAGAAAUAUUGCAGUGCAUCCCUAUUGAUUUCGAUUUCUUAAUUUUCAAUCGACAGCGGCUUAUGAUCGUCUUGCACUUGUAUUUUCCUCCACUGUGCCUCCGCCAAUGACCACCUCUCACUUGCCCACCUACUCCGCCUGGAAAAUAUAGUUCUUUUCUGGUCACUUGAACUAUAACAAUUCUGCAAUUAAUUAUCUCCAAGUUGUCGCUGCAAGCCAUUGCUCCGUUAGUUGUCCGUUCUUUUAGCGGUACCAAGUUGGCGUCUUGUCAAUUAUGGCUUCGAUGGAGUAUAUUGUAAAGGUACAGACAGAGGUGGUUUUUCUUCCAGGUCUGCAUCGCAAUCAAUCACAACUUGUUUUGCGUGUCCUCCUCUCUAACACCCUCCGCUUACUUCUCUCUCUGCUCAUGCAAGCCGGUGGAAGCAUCCUACAUAGGGGAUUAAGGUCUCAUUUCAAUUCGUACAUGCUCUUAUUCCCCCUUCAGAAGGGCGCUCUCCAGGUUAGUCCAGGACUUGAGGUGCUAGCUUGCGUUCUACCGAAUAGCUAGCUACUAAUGAUUCCUCUGUUAAUCAUUCUACCGAAUUAGCUGGCUACUAAGGAUUCCUCUGUUAACCCUUUAUCCUUUUGGUCGAUUUUUGUUGAAGAAAGCUGCUCGCUGGCUGCUUCCAUUUCUUUAGUUUUCUUCAAUUAUCAGCUCUUGAGCUUGCUAGCUCGUUGUAAUAGUAUGAAUUUUAUUUCUUGUUAGUUAGCUAGCUUGCUGCUGCUUUAGCCACGAACAAAUGAAGAAGUUUUUAGUUAGCUAGGUAGGUAUGCUGCACAUCUCAGCAAGUAGGUCAAUAUGAGAUUAUCUAAGCUCCUGAGUUAGUGUUUGUAAAAAGAACAGGGUAUGUACCCACAUGUAUAUAUUCCCUUCUAAGUUAGAAACAUGUCUAUUACUCCCACUGUUCCUAAAUAUAAGUCUUUUUAGAAAUUCCAAUGUGGACUAUAUACGGAUGUAUAUAGACAUAUUUUAGAAUGUAGAUUCACUCAUUUUACUCCGUAUAUAGUCCGUAUUGGAAUCUCUAGAAAGACUUAUAUUUAGGAAUGGAGGGAGUAUUUGUGAAAGUUAUGCAUUCAACCUUUCAGCUCAUCAAUUUGAAACAAUUUCUGUCUUAUUCGAUCGAUGGGACAUGGAUACUCGUCCUAACCAGCAGGAGAUAUAGGAUACAAUGGAGAGCAAUUUAGUGGAUACAACUCCAACGUCAAGGGAGUUUACACUCGACUUCUUACGACAUAUUACGAAUAAUCUUUCUGAGGACCGCAUAAUUGGGAAGGGUGGGUUUGCAGUAGUUUACAAGGGAGUAUUGGACAACGGGGAAGAGAUUGCCCUGAAGAAGCUUACUCACAUAGGGCCUGAAGUCACGAAAUUUGCAGAUGAGUUCAAUAACAUUAUUAGGGCCCAUCAUCAAAAUAUCAUACAGUAUGUUGGCUACUGCUAUCAUCCAGGCAACUGGAUGAAGCUCGAUGAAAAAUAUAUCUUUGCUCAUGAGCCAAUAAGAAUUCUCUGCUUUGAAUAUUUGCAUGGUGGAGACCUUGAGAGGCACCUUUCUGAUGAGCAGCCAUGCGGACUUGAUUGGCAGACAUGUUACAAAAUAAUUAAGGGAGUGUGUUCCGGUUUAAAUUAUCUUCAUAGCGUAAAUAUUUACCAUCUAGACUUAAAGCCAGCAAAUAUACUGCUGGACAACAACAUGAUGCCGAAAAUAGGAGAUUUUGGUAUAUCAAGAAUCUUCCCUUCAGCAAAAACCAUUACCACGGCAACAGGAACAUUGAUAGGGACAAUGGGAUUCAUGCCACCGGAAUAUAUUAACGAAAACAUAAUCUCACAAAAAUAUGAUGUGUUCAGUUUGGGUGCCGUAAUCCUACAAAUAAUGGCAGGACGCCAGAGUUAUCGCGAUUGUGGACGUGAUCCUUCUGAAACAUUCAUUGAGCUUGUAUGUGAAAAAUGGCGAAAAAAGCUACAUCCAACAAUGUCACCACACUCAUGCCAACAAGUUAAUGCAUGCAUUGGAAUAGCUUUAAGAUGUCUCGAGGAUGACCGACAGAAAAGGCCCACCACAAGGGAGAUAGCCACUGAGCUUAAUAGGAUUGAUAUGGGAAACUUAUCACUGACGGAGGAGGUCGUCAAUGAACUUAAUCUGAUUGAUACUGAAUUUUGUUCACUUACAGAUAAGGCUACUAACUUACAAAGCAGGGUGGCAUUGGCCUAUAACCAUUACAAGAACUCAGGAAGGCGAGACGGCGGCGGCUCCUUCAAGAUGGAAUAAAGGUCUCCCCGCCUAGUCCCCGUUCCGGCGGUGCGUCUAGCAUCGUUGGUGGGCGUGUGAAGGUGUGUCUCCGGCAGAUAUAUCUUUGAUGGAUUUUCUCGGAUCACGUCGUUGUUCGUCCACGUUCGUGUGUCUUCGGUUUGGAUCGUUCCGAUCUACGUUAUUUUUCAUCGGCGGCGGUUGCUGUUCUGUGGUGCUGGUCCUAUGGGGCCUUAGCACAACGACUUCCCGACUGUCUACUACAAUAAAUUGUGCCUGGCUCCGGUGAUGGAGGGGCGAUGA